AUGAAGCGGCCAUUGACAGGCUGUCAUUCCGCAUAUAACGAGGCCAGACCGCCAAAGACGCGCCAGCGACCAUCAAGUAUUCAGAUGACGUGGCCAUCGACAAUCACGGAAGUGGACAACGACGUAGAGUCAAGUGUUGCAAGACAUCAAGACAGUUGCCCAGAUAGUUAUUCACUACCGCACGCUGAACCGAAAGAAACGCUAUAUCUUAACUCGCGCGCGAAGGAACUCUCCCAGAGAGUAAUCACUGAGCCCAAUCCGCUAGCAGUGUUCAAGGAUGGCAACGAUGCCGAAGACGCCGUAACCGUGGCCCAUCUCAUCUUUCAGCACGCCAAGUCUCCCGCGAGAUUCGUAGAGGAGGUCUUUAGAUCCAUUUUCGUUCCCGAUAUGCGUCGUUUUUUCACCAAGGAAAUCCGCAAGCGUUUCCGUGAGCAUCAACGCAGUGGCUCACUCUCAGACAGCCAGGAGGAGAAGUUGCGAAACGCAGAGGUGCGCCUUGAUGAUUGGGAUACUUCAAGCCAUACCUCCUCGGGUCCAUUCAGCCUGAAGAGAUUCAGUGAGCUAAUUGAAGCCAUCAAUAAUGCAAUGGACGAGACGCCGACCCAAAAGGGAGAGAUGAUUGCAAAAGACGAGCUGAAUCAAGAUAAAUAUGCCGAUCAGAUAAUCUGGGCUUUAAAUCACUCUUAUUCGUGUUCUGAUAGAGCUCUCAGAACCUUCCAGAUGACGUGGCUGGGAGUUCUGCGCCCAGUUUUCAGGAUGACAGCCAAAACGGAGAUACCAGAAGCGCACGAGGAGCAAUGGCGAGACUACAUCGGGUCAGCACUGAAAGAGAAUCACAUCGAUUGGAUACUGGGUAGGUCCAAUAGUUACCUUACGGCUACGAUCGCCCAGAGGGUGGUCUCUAACGAAGAGACCCAAGAACGAAUAAUUUCCAUGUCUAGCAUCGCUCAUAGUCACAAGAACAAAUGGUUCAAAGACAGGGGAGAGUGUAUCGACUUUGGAUGCAAGUUCCCCCUUAAGAGUGGUCUCCCUGCUGAUGUAGUCCGAGGAUUUGCGCAGUUGCAGGAGAACACAAAUUUUGGGCGGUCACCUAAUAAGCCUGGACUCAUAAACCACUACAAGAAGGCGCUGAACCUGCUGGAAGAGUUCCAGGCUGAGCCUCAUGUUGAACUCCUCUGCAUUUUAGCUCUCACUAUUGGCAUGACAUCCGACAUGACUAUCUAUACCGUACCUAAAAAAGGGGUUAAAGAUGAAGUUGCGGGGUUUGCGAUAGCUAGCAAAUCCGUGAAGCACAAGCGAGGAGGGACGCGUGUAGCUCUCCUCGCACUACGAAUGUUAUGGUACCUGAUGCCUGACAAGUUUGUCUGGAAAAAGGCAAAAGGGGAGGACUUGAAGAUAGAAGAGGAGACAAUAUACAGCACUCAGUCUGUGCGUGAAGCAACUGAUCAAUAUAUGAUAACGAACAACAUGGUUGCCGCAUUAGGCUGGUUUGAUUAUCGCAAGAACAACACAUACACCAUAUCUACGGAGCUGAAGAUAGCCCGCAAAGAAGUGUUGGAUGCACGACUAGAGGAGCUGAGAAGCUUGAUGCCGAAGCCGACGGACUUUAUUCGUGCAGUGUUUCAGAGCGAUGAUCCAAAGUGGGUAGACCAGUGCAAAGCUAUCAUCAAAUGA